AUGGCGCAGGGAAAGACAAAGGGUCUUCAGGUUAAGACCCCUUCAGGAAGAAAGGCGCAAAAGGCCGCCAAUCCCAAGAAGGGCAGGAAGGUCAUCCCACCAAAAAAGGCUCCUCUAAUCAAGCAAGCCCAGAUGCAAAAGGCCCUCUCUGCUAAAAUCAAUCGAUCGGUUGAGGGUCAGAUGGUUGCUGCGGCGUCCUCGGGCAAGCUUACUAUCAUGAAAAGUCUUAUUGAAAGGCAAGGAGCCAUCCUCUUCAAAAGGCGCGAAGAGUUCCAAACAGAAGGCAGGGAAAUGAACUGCUGCAUCCAAUCACCGCCAGCCUAUGUGCUUUCUGUUGCUGAGGCUUGGGCUCACGUUAGCAGUACCCCAAAAUCUCUGUCACAUCCUUGA